AUGGAGAUGAUGCCACAUUGGUCUGCUCUGUACCUUCCCCCACAAAGCGCCACCUACUUAAGACCCCACUCGUCACCCUGCAGAGUGUAUUCCCGGACUUAUUUCCGAGACACGUUCAGACUUUUACCUACAGCCUCAGCGAUUGCAAAUCCGAUACUGUCCCCUGUAGACGUUAAGCGGAUAUUAUUUCAAAAAAUUACCGACAAAGGAGAUGAGUUGAAAAAAGCCUUUCAGCUGCUCGAUCCUGGUCAGAGCCUGACAGUGUCGAAAAGUGAACUGAGGAGAGCCAUCACCACCUUCCUUCUGCCUCUCACGAGAAAACAAUUUCAAAACCUAUUGGCUCAGACGCCCCUCACCAGCUCAGGUGCUGUUCCGUACCUUGACUUCCUGUCCAAGUUCGGUGGAAUGGACCUAAAUGUAAAUCUUAUAAAGAGGAGAUCUGGGAACGAAAUGAAUCAGCCCCGUACAGUGAAAGAGCUUGAACUUCAGCUGGGAGACAAGGUGUCCCGGAAUAGCAAAUCGAUUCUCAAAGCAUUUCAGCUCGUGGAUGUGAACGACACUGGCCUGGUCAAGCCACAGGACCUCAGGAGGGUUCUGGAGACCUUCUGCUUGAAGAUGAGUGAGGAAGAGUAUGACAAGUUUUCAAGUCACUACAACAUUGAUAAAAAUAAAGUGGACUACAAUGUGUUUUUGAAGAACCUCAGCGUAAAUAAUGACAAGAACCUUAGAUAUUUUUUGGGAAAUCAAGAGCUCUCAGGGGACAGCCAACAAGUCAAAAAAUCUGGCAAAAAGUAUUUGCCCACUUCUGAAUUAUCUGAAGAUACUUGGAAACACUGCUCUAUUGUUGAAAUUCAGAGGUUCUUCUGCCAAGAGCUUUUGAAGUCCUAUGAGAGGGUGGAAAAAGGGCUCAGCGCGGGAGACACCUGCAACAGCGGCUAUGUGUCUUUGAAUUACCUCAAGACUGUCCUCGAUGCCUUUGUGUACCGCUUACCAAGAAGAAUUUUCCUCCAGUUAAUGAAAAGGUUCGGAAUCAAAUUGACAACAUCUGUGGAAAGAUGAUGGAGAAGUUUCAUAUCAUCUUUCAGAACAAGGCCAGGGGAGGAGAUGAAAUCAAAAGGUCCAUUGACAAAGGGCUCCAACUCUUUUAUCAACUCUAGAAAUCAACCUUCCAAGGAAAAUAUUAUCGCAAAGUUGUAUAGACAUGCUGAAGAUGAUUGUAUUUCACUGAAGAAGGCUUUAAUGACCAGCAGCACCAAAUAUGAUGGAAAUAUUACAAGGAAAGAACUGCAAAAUAUUCUAAAUAGCAGAGCCAUAAAAUUAAGUGAUUCCGAAUUCGAAGAACUCAUGCAAAUGCUUGAUCCAGGGGGCAGCGGACUGGCUAACAUCAACACCUUCCUUGACCUGCUUGAAGACGAGAACCUGAAGAUAAGGAAAAGAUCUCCUUCUCCAGGCACUAAAGCACCUCUCCUGCUGGCUUGGGAGUCAGUGGAAGAAAUGGUUCGCGAUGGGAUUACAAAGGACCUACCAGGUUUUUAUCACACGCUGCGGUCCUGUGACCCUGGAGACACGGGCUUCAUCAGUCGGAUUCAUUUCAAGAAAAUCAUGCGCACGUACUGCCCGUUUCUAACGGGCGAACAUCUCAUCAAACUCUGUAGUAAGUUUCAGGAUAUUACUUCCGGAAGAAUCCUUUACAAGAAACUUUUGUCAAGCAUUGGAAUUAAUGGCCCACGCACGACCUCUCCACUUUUCAUCCCGACGGAUCUGCCGUUAAGUGAGCCUGUUCCAAAGGAGACGCAGCUGGGGCCGGCCCCCCCUGAGAGAACCAAACCCACUGAAGAGAAGCUCCCCUUGACCAAGAAUCUGACCAUGGAAGCAGUGAUUGAAAAACUCAAAAAUUGUAUCCAGCAGCAUGACCCAGCCUUCCGAAAACGAUUUCUUGACUUCAGCAAGGAGCCAGGUGAAAAAAUUAAUCCGCACGACUUCAGGAAGGUACUGGAAGCGAAUGGGAUGCCCAUGGAUGACGAUCAGUACGCUCUGCUGGCCACAAAGAUAGGAUUGAGAGACGAAGGCAUAAAUUACCUUGAUUUUGCAACAGGAUUUGAAGAUUCAGAAAUGAGCCGGCCAGCCUCAACCGCAGUUCAAAGUCCAAUUCUGACCAAAAAUUACAUGGACAGUCACUUUAUAACUGCUGAAGAAUGCUUGAGGCUUUUCCCCAAGAGACUGAAGGAGUCCUUCCGGGACCCGUACGCCGCCUUCUUCAAGAUGGACACGGACCGGGACGGCAUCAUCAGCAUGCAGGACCUCCACAGGCUGCUGAUGUACCUGCUCUUCAACCUGCGGGACAAGGAGUUCGUGCGAUUCCUGGAGCUCCUGGGCCUGAAGCUCAGCCUCACUCUCAAUUUCCGCGAGUUCCGGAAUUUGUGUGAGAAGGGGGCGUAUGGGACGGAAGACGCGCCCCAGAGACUCAAUAGACCAAAGCAGAAGGUUACGGAUUCAGAACUAGCUUGUGAGCAGGCUCAUCAGUAUCUUGUAACCAAAGCGAAAAACAGAUGGCCAGACUUGUCGAAGAAUUUUAUAGAAACAGAUAAUGAGAACAAUGGCAUUCUUAGACGACGGGACAUCAAGAACGCUCUGUAUGGUUUUGAUAUUCCCCUCACACCCAGAGAAUUUGAAAAGCUCUGGACAAGGUACGACACAGAGGGAAGAGGAUACAUCACUUACCAAGAGUUUCUACAGCAGCUGGGUAUAAACUACUCCCCGGCUGUUCACCGGCCCUAUGCAGAGGGCUACUUCAAUUUCAUGGGUCAUUUCACAAAGCCGAAGCAAAUGCAAGAAGAGAUCAAAGAGUUGCACCAGAACACAGAGAAGGCCACCAGGGACAAGCUUAAGGAUCGUUUUCAAGAGAUCAGCAAAGCACUCACCAAACUAGACAAAUCCAAAAACGGCUGUAUAUCCAUGAGCAAGCUGCAGAAGGUGUUACAAGACUGUGGGUGUUUUCUUACAGAAGAGGAGCUGGCUGCACUCCUAACCAGUUUGGGAGUCAGCUGGCAAGAUAAGUCUGUCAAUUACCUUGACUUCUUGAAAGCGGUGGACAGCAGUGCGUCAGCCAGCCCUCCGCCGCCGGAGAAAGAAGAGAGUGUCCCCAUCAGCUUUGCGGCACUCAGUCCAGAGGAUGUGGUGAAGAAGGUCCAGGAGGUGGUCAACUCCUCCCACCAGGCGUUGUCGAAGACCUUUUCAGAGCUGGAUAAAGAGGACACUGGGUUUCUAAAGGCUGCAGACUUUGGACAAGUUCUGAAGGACUUCUGUUACCAAUUGUCUGAUAACCAGUAUCACUAUUUUUUGAGAAAACUAAGACUUCACCUAAUCCCCCAUAUAAAUUGGAAGUAUUUUCUCCAGAGCUUCAGCUCUUUCCUCGAAGAGACUGCUGCUGAGUGGGCUGAGAAGAUGCCCAAAGCCCCCCUGCCACCCAAGUCCCCACCUCCCAAGGACAAGAAGGACAUCCUGGCCCGUCUCCACAAAGCAGUGACCACCCACUACAAUGCCAUCGCCCAGGAGUUUGAGAACUUUGACACCAUGAAGAACAACACAGUCUCCAGGGAGGAGUUCAGGGCCAUUUGUAAUCGCCACGUGCAGAUUCUGACGAACGAACAGUUUGACAAGCUCUGGAGCGAGCUGCCCGUCAACGCCAAGGGGAAGCUAAGGUACCAGGACUUCCUGAUCAAGUUCAGCUCCGAGAAGCCAUUGACGCCACCAGCGUCCGGAGGCUCCACCAGGGCCCAGAAAGGCAGCAGCGUCCCCGAACUCUCGGAAGAGCCCAGAUCAGCUCGGUCCUCACCCCUGCGGGACCUGAAGGGAGGUGCAAAGACAUGGAGUCACCCCUGCACCCCAGCCAGUCCGGCGAGUGAGCCCUAUACCCCACCGCUCCAGAACUGUGAGCCCAUUGAGAGCAAGCUCAGAAGGAGGAUGCAGGGCUGUUGGCGGGAACUCCUGAAGGAAUGCAAAGAGAAGGAUGCGAACAGGCUAGGAGAGAUCCGCACUGCCGAGUUCCUGGCGAUUGUGGAGAAGUUCCAUCUGGACAUAAGCAAAGAAGAAAGCCAACAGCUCAUCACCAAGUACGACCUGAAGAACAACGGCACAUUUGCCUACUGUGACUUCAUCCAGAGCUGUAUCCUCCUGCUGAAAGCGAAGGAGACGUCGCUGAUGCAGAGGAUGAAAAUCCAGAAUGCACACAGAAUGAAAGAAGCUGGUGUGGAGACCUCUUCCUUUUACUCCGCUUUGCUGCGGAUUCAGCCCAAAAUCGUGCACUGCUGGCGUCCUAUGCGGCGCACCUUCAAAACCUAUGAUGAGGGCGGGACGGGGUUCCUGACUGUGGCUGACUUCCGGAAGGUCCUGAGGCAGUACAGCAUCAACCUCUCUGAGGAGGAGUUUUUCCACAUUCUGGAGUAUUACGAUAAGACACUCUCUUCAAAAAUAUCCUACAACGACUUCCUGAGGGCCUUCCUCCAAUAG